AGGCGUUUCCUGUGUGAGAGAGUGGGGUGAGCUAGGUCUGCUCAGGUGGCUAAGCCCGGGCGUGCCGAUCUACCGCGAACUGCAACUCAGACCUGGCUAAACUCUGAGAGUUGCAGGAACAGUCGUUUCGGGUGGGCCCAGGCAUUGCGCUGAGAGGAAUAGGCUUGGGGCCCGCUGUGGACCACACUUCCCAGAGGACCCAGUGGCCUGUCGCUCUUCUCGCGGGAACUCGAACUUUUCAUCACGCCUGGCGGGACCGUUAGAUCCUGGAGUUCUACCCUUCUCCAGGUGAGGCGCAGAAGAGAAGGAAAGAAUGCAAGAUGAACUUAUACAAGCAGUUUCCAAGGGGUCAUUGAUGUUCAGGGAUGUGUCUAUAAACUUCUCUCAGGAGGAAUGGGAAUGCCUGGACUCUGGUCAGAUGAAUUUAUACAAAGAAGUGAUGUUGGAGAAUUUCAGCAACCUGGUUUCAGUGGGACUUUCCAGUUCUAAGCCAACUGUGAUCUCCUUAUUGGAACAAGGAAAAGAGCCCUGGAUGGUUGACAGAGAGCUGACAAGAGGCCUUUGUUCAGAUCUGGAAUCCAUGUGUGAGACCAAGUUACUAUCUCUAAAGAAGAGACAUUUCAGUCAAGUAAUGUUUACUUAUGAAGACAUACACACUUUUAUUCAGCCCACAUUUCUUAUUCCACAUCAAAAAACUAUUAAUGAAGAGAAACUCUGUAAAUGUAAAAUAUGUGGAAAGGCCUUUAAUGAAAACUCACACUUUGUUCAACAUCAGAGAAUUCAUUCUGCUGAAAAAAACUAUGAAUGUGAGGAGUGUGGGAAAUCCUUUAGUCGUGGCUCACUUGUUGCUCGACAUCAGAGGAUUCACACUGGUGAAAAACCCUAUGAAUGUAAAGAAUGUGGCAAGGCUUUUAGUUGUAGUUCAUAUUUUUCUCAACAUCAGAGGAUUCACACUGGUGAGAAACCCUAUGAAUGUAAAGAAUGUGGAAAAGCCUUUAAUUAUUGCUCAAACCUUAAUGAUCAUCAGAGAAUUCACACUGGUGAAAAACCCUAUGAAUGUAAAGUAUGUGGAAAAGCCUUUACUAAAAGUUCACAACUUUUUCCACAUCUGAGAAUUCAUACUGGUGAGAAACCUUAUGAGUGUAAGGAAUGUGGGAAAGCCUUUACUCAACAUUCAAGGCUUAUUCAACACCACAGAAUGCAUACUGGUGAGAAACCUUAUAAGUGUAAGGAAUGUGGAAAGGCCUUUAGUAGUGCCUCAACACUUACCAACCAUCACAGAAUUCAUGCUGGCAAGAAACUCUAUGAAUGUAAAGAAUGUGGAAAGGCCUUUAUUCAGAGCUCAGAACUUAUUCAACAUCAGAGAAUCCAUACCGAUGAAAAACCAUAUGAAUGCAAUGAAUGUGGAAAGGCUUUUAAUAAAGGCUCAAACCUUACUCGACAUCAAAGAAUUCACACUGGUGAGAAACCUUAUGACUGUAAGGAAUGUGGAAAGGCCUUUGGUAGUCGCUCUGACCUCAUCCGCCAUGAAGGAAUUCAUAUUGGAUAAGUGAUAAGCCCUUUUGAUAACCUUUAUAGUAAUAUUUUUAAAAACAGAUAAUCCAAAAAAUAAACAGAAAAAACAAAAACAAAAACAGAUAAUGUGUGUUCAAAGGUUCCUCUGUGUAGUAGUUUUCUAGGGCUACUGUAAUGAAGUACCAAGUACCACACAACUAGGUAGCUUAAAACAACAGAAACUUAUUCUCUCAGUUUUUUAGCCUUGAAACCCAGACUCAGAGUUGUUGGCAAGGUUGAUUCCUUCUGAAAAGUUGUACAAGUGCUGAGUGUUAAAAGCCAAAGGGGCAGGUGGGAAUGAGGAAGAGCACCAAAUGGUAGAAGGGGCAUCUGAGGAGAUCUGAUAGAGCAUUGAUACUGUCCACUACAAAACUCUUGAAUAAACUCUACAUUUGCUCAAAAAAAAAAGAAAAAAGAAAGAAAGGUUAAUUCUUCUGGGGAAGAAUCUGUUCCAUGCCCUUCUGAUGCACUUCUCCUAGCUUCUCAUAACAGCAAUUUUUGACAUAUCUUGGCUUACAGAUGCAUUGCUCCAAUCUCUGCCUCCAUCUUCACACUGUGUUCUGUGUGUCUCUGUGUGUCUUCUCUUAUACGGACAUGGGUUAUAUUGGAUUAAGGCUCACCCUAAGGACCUCAUCUUAACUUGAUUAUAUAUGCAAAGACCUUAUUUCCAUGUAAGAUCAAAUACACAGAUACCAGGUGUUAGGACUUCAACAUAGUUCAAUCCAUUACACUGUUAACUCUAUUUUUAUUAAUGAAUUUGUAAUUUUAUACAUAAUGUUAAUCAACUGUAUUUUAAAAUGUGAAUUAAACUCCCUUUUCCCCCAAAAGAGAAAGAUUCUAUCUCAAAACUACUUAUUCUAUAAUUCCUUCCCACUUAUUCUCCAUUUUGGUUAUACAUUUGUUUGUAUUAGCUUAUGUUUUAGGGCCAUCUUUUCUAUAUCUGUGGCCUACAGAAUACUACACUGUAAAUUGUGUUACAUAGGCUAGCUUUGAAUUCAUGGUGGAAUUAUAACUUUGUUUUUUGAAGGCAGCUCUAGUCUUUUUUCCUUUUUUAAAAUUAAUAUUUUGUUAUUGUAAAAAAACCAGAAAGGACACAAAGGAAAAAAGAUUAUUUGUAAGCCUACCAAGCAGAAAUGACUAUACUUUCAAAUUAUUACAACAUAUCCUUCCAGGCUUUGUUUAGUGUAAUCAUGACAUGCAUGCUGUAGCAUAACCUGCUUUUAUCAUGCUACUGGUUCAGCAAGUAUAGAUUUUAUAUACCAUUCUUUUUAAUGAUGUCAUAAUAAUAUUUUCUUGACUAUCAUUUUGAUAAAUAACUACUGAUAAAUAUUUUCGUGCCUGUUUAAACUUUGCAGUUAUAAAAGUUGCCUU